AAUCAAGGCCAAGAAAAAAACUGGAAUAGAUCAAAAUGUGAUGUAGAUCUCUUGCACUGAAACACUUUUAAUACACUUUUGACACUGUGGAUGGUGGCCUCGCACUUUUUAACUUUAACUUCAUUGAAAAUAGUGAAAUGCGAGGAACUCUUGACUGGAAAAAUGGGGUAGUAGUAGUGAGUCUUUUAGGUGUACUGCAAACACCAAAAGAUAAAGCGGUGACUUUGGGAGAUAAGAGCUGCGACUGAGUCGCAGGGAACUCAAUAACAUUUCCACAAACAAUGGCCGAAAAGUCUGAAAGAAAAGUGACUAUCUAUCGAAGUGUUUCUUUCAAGAGGCUGGAAAACUGGGUCGCUUCAAAUUUAGUUGAAGGAGAAGAUCAACAGGGCCGUACUGCCCAGCCCCCACACCACAACACAGAGCUGCCAGCAUCUGGGAUAGGAUCGGCAAGUAGCGGUGUGGUCAGAAAAGUUUCUAAACUCACUUCUGCCAACAUUCCUGACUCUGAAAGUAAAACGAGCAGUGACAGUGGGGAAUUUGUCUGCUCUGCCUCUGUCCGUGAGCUUUCUGAGCGUUUUAACGCAGCUGCGAGCCAACUGGCCGUACGGUCUCCCCGGAAAGUUGAUGGGGAAGGAGGAGGAGACUGGCAGGUUUGGCAGAGUGACGAGAACGGGGUGAGGGAGCUGCUGCUGCUGUCUUCUGACAGAGAACCGUCAGGAGUUUGCAAUUCCAGAGCCCACGAACACAAGUGUGAGAAAGACGCCUUGACAGCGGCACCACCUGGUCACAUCCAUGGCAGCCGCGACCCUUCUCCUGUCUCAGGUAACUUGCAAGCAGCAUCGGACGAGUUUCACAACUUAAUGAGUCAAGACGAGCAACUUCUACAUGAAACUGCUAAGGGAGUACAGGGAUUCCGAGACCAGACACACCGUUUAGAACCUGCAAAUGCCUCAGAUCUAUUAACGACCUGGCCAAGUGUUUCCGCCAUGCGUAAAUUGUUUGGAGAGAACUUAAAGAAGCAGCACAGGACGCCCUCGGACGCUGAUGAUCCAAAAUUACAGGGCUGUGCUGCAGGUUGGAAACAAAGUAGGGGUCCGGAGAAAGGUGACUCGCCCAUAUUCUGCCAUACGGAACUCCGAAGCAGUAGCAUCCAUUCCUUAGUUCAGUCACAGCCUUUGGACAUAACGAGCACCUCCUCUAAGGCAUAUUCUAAUUAUCCACCUGACCAAAAUGCUAGCACUCGUGAGAAAUACCGGAGGGGGGCUGAGAAACUGAGCAGUCCGAAGCCUCCACCCCCGCCCCCACCACCUAGAAGCUCUGUUCCAUUUACGCUCAAGUUGCACUCGGUCUCCUGCGGACUACACAAACAGGAGGCGAUACAGCGAUCGGAUAGUUUGCAUUCCUUGCAUACUAGUUCUAAACCACAGACUGUCCCCUCCACUGCCACGCUUAGAGGGAGCUCUAGUGAUGAAGCACUACACAAGCAAUGUUUUCAGAUUUCUAACAGUGCAAACAAGAAUGGCUCAAGAAUUAGGUCCCAGACGCAAUCCUCGGGCAGUGAAGAGGAGGAUCUUCGUCCCCUAGCCUGUAGGGGUAAUUUCAGAAAGCGUUCUCCAAGAAAGAAAAAGAAAGAUGUGAUGGGUAGCAGAGAAAAGGGUGAUUCAGACGAUAGUGAUGGCCAGGUAAUGGAUCCUACCAGAAAGUAUCAGAAGGGUUUUCCAGCUAGUUACUUGGAUCAACUUUCUGGUAAAUGUGACACCAUGAAGUCCAUUCAAAGCAGUGCUCACCUGUUGGACUGCAAUAACCUUAAUGUGUGCACUACCCAACCAUCAGAAAAUAAACAGUCUAAUUUGGUUGAAGGAUGCCUACAAACCAGUGGGCUCCAAGAAGGUUUUAAAAAGCAUCUUGUAGGUAGUGGAACAAUAUCACCUGUAAAUUCAUUCCAACCAACAUCAGUAUCUUCCAUUCCAGUACUGUCAAGGAUUGCCAAAGUCAGCAUACCACCUUUUGCAUCAAGUCCUUGUGAUUCACGAAACAGUAGUCGUUACUCCAGCACUGAAACAUUGAAAGGCGAGGAUUGCUUUAAUUCUGGUGGACUUAGUAAAAGCUUACAGGGAAAUUUCAACAUAUACAGAUCACCAAGCCUUGGCCAUGGUGACAGUGUCUCUAAAUCACAGGUCCGUAUUCGUCCAGUGUUGCCCCUUGGAAUUGUGAAAGUAAAAAGUGAAGAAGGUGAAGGUUCUUCUUAUAGUCCUGAAAAAGAUAGGGUAAAGCAGCGGAAGUCUGUGUCAAACCCAGAUAUUGCUUCAGAGACACUUACACUACUUAAUUUUCUCAAGUCUGACCUUCAAGGGUUAAAAGUUGGGAAAAGGGAUAAAGGGUCUACCGAUCAAGAUGGUUACAAUUAUAUUAGUGGUGGAUAUGGAAGCCAGAUAAUAGGCCAUUCUUCACUUCAGAGAAGUAGAAGCUCACAACAGACUUCCAGCAGACAGAUCAUGGGUGAGCGUCCUACUCUUAAAGACCUCACAGCUACUUUACGUCGUGCCAAAUCCUUUACAUAUUCUGACAAGCCAGCACUACACAGACUUCAGGUUGGACAGCUAAAACAGAGCUCUUCAGAACUUGCGCUUGCUGGUAUCCGCGGUAGUGACAGCCCAGAUUCAGAUGGGGGGAAAAUGACAUUUGCUGUACAAGAUGAAUAUCUUCAAGAAGCAAGGCAAGUCUUUGAAAAAAUAAGUAGGAUAAAUCAAAUGGAAGUUCAGACUGAAUGUGUUUCCAUAGAGGAUAACAAAUUCAUGAAAUGUGGGGAGGAGGUAGAAAGUACUAAAUAUAUUGCUUCUUUAGAAGAUGAGGUUCAUGUGAAGUGCAUAAAGAAGGCAGAGUCAGAUGGAAAUUUGUCUUGUGGAAGGUCUCUAGAGGAACUUUCUGGUCACGAGUCUAGUAUGACAGAUGAAGGAAUAGUUACAGAGCCUGAAAUGGGCUCUAGCAACACAUCUUACAAGGAUAGCUCUGGACAAACUCUUACAGUAUGGAAAGUGACCACAGGUUUUCAGGGGGAGAAUGGUUCAAGCCAGUUGAAUAGUAAAGCAGGAAUUACAGCUUCAGCAACAGUAAGAACUGGUUAUGAAAGUGUGGCAAUAGGUGGAGAUUCAGUCUACACUAAAGUUGCAACUGCUGGGCCAUUAGAAGCACCUUCAACACCUAGUGCUAUCCGACGUAGAAGAAAAUUUUCCGCAGCUGGUAACAAUGGAUCUGACUCAAGUAAUGGAAGCAAUGGUGAGUCAAGUGGAGAAACAUUCCGGUCUCUAAGUGAUCCUAUACCACACAGAAGGUGCUCUGUCACAGAAGAAAGUAAGAAUUUUUCUGUUGAUAGUAAUCUCUUAGGCUCACUGAAUGCGAAAACUGGCAUUCCAGAACUUUCUACCAUUUCUUUAUCUGAAUUUACAGGUAGUGCAGCAAGUGACUUAUCUGUUUGUAGUGAUGGCCUAAAAGAUUAUAAUACAGUAAUUAAAAACAUUGUUAGCCAGCCAGGAGCUAUGGAUAAGUUAAUUGAUGAUAAAGGAAAUACAAAGACUAUAAAGAAAAAGUCAUUCAGUGAUCCAAGUCGUCGUGGUGAUGCAAGCACACCAGGCUUUAAGGGUCCAAGUGAACCCAUUAGUGAAAUGGACCAAGUCAUCCCUGCUUCUAGCAGUGAACCAAUCCUUUCAGAGCAGAGGGACGUGUUGGGGGAACUAGAGGAGCUGAGCAAGGAAAGUGGGAAGCCACGUUCACAGUCUGAACGUGUCCUACCCUUGCAAACAGAUGUGUAUCCUGUCGAUGAGCAUCAUCCCUUUGGUUUUGAUCCAAAGCUUGAAGAGGUCUUGUCACCUAGGACAGUUAGACGCAUCUCUAAGAAGCGUAACAACAGAGUAGCAUAUCAAGAUAGCAGGAAGACAUUUAUGGCAACCAUUCCAGGCCAUGCUCAUAUUUUGAGAUCUAAAACCACAUCCAAGCAUGUGAGGCAUGCAAGUGAGCCGGCCACGUUUGUUCCUGUUACAACCCCCGAUCUUCAAUCAUUAGAUACCUCAGAACCUGUACGAUCCCCAUUAAAGCCAUGCCCUGCUGUACAUGCUCCUUCCUUAGAAGAUGUCACCAAGCAGUACAUGUUGACACUGAACUCUGGUGAUGGUUUUGGCAGUAACCUAGUGGAUAUUUCAAGGUCUACACCCGCUACACCUACUACCACAGAUACUAAAUUGCCAAGAAUUCCCAAGCCAGAAGACUUGUGCAUUGUUAAAAGUAAACCACAAGUGGAUAUGCGGAAGCAUGUCAUGCUGACACUUCUGGAUACCGAGCAGUCCUAUGUGGAAUCUCUGCGCACACUGGUACAGGGUUACAUGAAGCCACUGAAACAGCCUGAGAAUUCCUCCAUCUGUGACCCAUCUCUGGUUGAUGAAAUGUUCUAUCAAAUCCCAGAGCUCUUGGAACAUCAUGAGCAGUUCUUAGAAGAAGUUCAGCAGUGUGUCCAGGACUGGCAUGAACUGCAGAAAGUAGGAGACUUGCUUGCUCUGUCGUUUUCCAAGGACAUACUGGUAAACAUUUAUACAGCAUAUAUUGAUAACUUCCUCAAUGCCAGAGAUGCUGUGAGACUAGCUAAGGAGGCAAAACCAGCUUUUCUCAAAUUUUUAGAGCAAUGUACGAGAGAAAACAAGGAGAAGCAAGCCCUGUCCGAUUUGAUGAUCAAGCCAGUUCAAAGAAUCCCCCGCUAUGAACUUCUUGUCAAGGACCUUUUGAAGCACACAUCUGAACAGCAUCCUGACUAUACUUCACUGCUCGAUGCCCAGAAGAACAUCAAACAACUUGCUGAGAGAAUAAACAAGGGCAGAAAGAAUGCAGAAGAGGUGGAGAGAGAGGCCCGCAUACUCCAGGAAAUUGAGUCCCAUAUUGAAGGAAUUGCUGAUCCACUGGAGCAUGCCAAUCGCCCUGCUUUAUCCGGCCUGUAUUCUAUCUCGGUCCUUCCACAGGUGUUGGCUCCAGAACCUCGCACAGUACUCCAGCUUCUAGCCCCGCACAGGAAGUUUCUGCGCCAAGAAAUGGUGGUAGAACUGAAGGCAGUAGGUGGUAAGAAGGACCGUUCCCUGUUUUUGUUUACAGAUCUUUUAGUUUGCACUACUCUGAAGCGUAAAUCAGGUUCUCUGCGUCGCAGCUCUAUGAGCUUAUAUUCGGCAGCCAGUGUGAUAGAUACAUCAAGCAAGUACAAAUUCUUAUGGAAGUUACCUCUGGAGGAUGUUGAAAUUGUAAAAGGGGCAUCACAGGCUACAAAUCGUGAGAGUAUUCAGAAGGCAAUUGGACGUCUGGAUGAGGACCUUAGCACACUUGGACAAAUCAGCAAGCUGUCUGAAACACUAAGCUUUCCACAUCAGAGCCUUGAUGAUGUAAUUAAGGACCUUAUGACAAAUGUCCACCGUGAACUUGCAGAAAAGCAGUCUCUCUCAUUCAGCAUGGCAUAUCCCCCAAAUAAAGUGGAAUUGAGUGCAACAACAUCAGAUGGAACAGAGACGUUUCUUUUUGAGUUCAGCAGCUCUGAAGUUCGGCAUGGCUUUGAGCAAGCAUUUGAGGAUGCAAAGAAGAAAUUAGCUUUGAAGAAAGACCACUGGGACCCUGAGUUCCUGAAGGCGAUUCCUAUCAUGAAAACAAGAAGCGGCAUGCAGUUCUCCUGUGCUUCGGCAAGUCAUAGUGGACCUGAGAAUGCUUAUGAAGUUUGGGUGUGUAACAGUGAUGGGUACGUAGGACAAGUCUGUCUUCUGAGUAUUCGAGACGAACCCACAGUAGAAGCUUGCAUUGCGGUAUGCUCUUCCAGAAUCAUCUGCAUUGCUUCUGUUCCAGGCCUGAAGGGAAACUGUAGGGAAAGACCUGAAUCCAUGAUAAGCCCAUCUUCAGAACAGAGUCAGCCUUUUGAUGAGACUACAACCCAACAACACCUGCACAUUUCUAUUUCUGGUUCUUCUCUGGAGCUUUCUGAACCCAUGGACAAUGGCAGCAGGGAAAUAAUGCCCUUUGACAGUGAUGACACAGAUGAUGAGUCUUCUCCAAGUCCAUCCAGCACAUUGCAGAGCCAGGCCAGCCGUUCCACCAUCUCCUCAAGCUUUGGAAUUGAAGAGCCUGUCAGUUCAAAGGAUAUAACAGCAGAGACUACAAGUUCUGAAGAAGAACAGGAACCUGGAUUUUUGCCUAUUCCAAACACGUUUGUUCAGACCAGCAGCAGUGAGAUCUCAAUGGAUGGCCAGGCAGUGAGGAGGUCCAGUCGUGGGUCCUUCACAAGAGGAAGUCUAGAAGACUUGCUGAGCAUUGACCCAGAGGCCUACCAGAGCUCUGUGUGGCUUGGAACAGAGGAUGGGUGUAUCCAUGUGUAUCAGUCAUCAGAUAACAUACGCAACAGGAAGAACAGUAUGAAAAUGCAGCAAUCUGCAGCAGUCUUGUGUAUCCUAUAUCUGGACAAUCAAGUGUUUGUAUCCCUGGCAAAUGGAGAGCUAAUAGUUUACCACAGAGAAGCAGGAAGUUUCUGGGAUCCACAGAAUUCCAGAUCUUUGUGUCUUGGUUCGCCAGGGAGUCCUGUUACCAAAAUGGUGUCGGUGUCAGGAAAGUUGUGGUGUGGCUGUCAAAACCAAAUUAUCAUCCUCAAUACUACUAGUCUUGCACAAGAGCAUACAUUCCAAAUCGGGCAGGACAGUAGCCGAAGUGUUACUUGUAUGGUGGUUUCUUGCAUCGGUGUCUGGAUUGCUUUACAAGGCAGCGCACAAGUCAAGCUUUACCAUGCUACAACCUUUGAGAAUCUAGUAGAGGUAGAUGUUGCUCCACCAGUGCACAAAAUGUUAGCAGGGUCAGAUGCCAUCAUACGCCAGCACAAGGCAGCAUGUUUGCGGAUUACAGCGCUAUUAGCCUGUAAAGAUUUGUUGUGGAUUGGUACGAGCGCUGGGGUGGUACUAACUCUCCAUCUGCCACAUAUCACACCUAACACUGGCUCACUGAGGACACCUCUGGUACCAAUGGGUUCUGCUCAUGGACACACUGGACAUGUUCGAUUUCUCACAUCUAUCGAGCUCCCAGACGGCUUCAAUAUUAAUUUUCCACUACCAAGAGAUGCAGGUAACUCUGCCAUGAAUAAUGAGAGACCUGCUGGACUACAGAGGAGAGACUCCUUGUGUCGUAGGCCAUCAACUGUCUUGCCAGCAAAAUCCAACAUAUUGGUGAUCAGCGGUGGGGAUGGUUAUGAGGACUUCCGACUUACCAACAGCAGUGAAACUGUGGGACGUGAUGACAGCACAAACCACCUCCUUCUCUGGAGGGUUUGAUCAGUGUUAAAAGCAGCAUGUUGCUAAAGGGCCAGAGCUGUAUCAACCACACCACAGAACUGUGUCAUUGUUCACCCUGAAGUGUGUCUUGUCUUCUGGAUGUUUUGUCUGUGCGUGCAUGGUUGUUUUUAACCAGGCGAUCUAAGUGGAUUGUUUUUUAAAAAAAUGAAUUGCAUCCAUGUUGACUGCAGAAUUGCACAGCCUGCGCUUCCCACUGUGUUUGUGUGGAGUGGACCAUAUUUGUUUGCAUCAUUUACAUUUGAGGCAGAAGUGAGGGUACCAUGCAAGUUCAGAGCACAGAAAAGGCAGGCAGACUAAAGAGAAUUUCUCUAAAUAUUGAAAGCUUAUGUUUUUUUCAUAACAGAACAUUCAUCUGAGCAGUCUUUCUGGUUCAAUUUUGUGCAAGUCUUUUCUUGUUAACUUAUAGUAACAGAGAGAAAAAAAUAAAGGACUUGCAAGAACAAGAUUUUAUAGAUUAAAAAUGCUUCAUUUACAGCACUUUCAGGGUGGAAACUCUGCUUUCUUUCUUUCUUUUUAAAUGUUUUAUCAGGAAAUGAUCCAGUACCAAAUUCACAAGAAAAGUUAUUCAAUCUGAAAUACUUGUAUAGCUGGUGUUUUUGUUUGGAAAUUAUCAAAACCCCAGCUUUGUUUAAAGCAUCUGCUCAGAAGACUACAGUGGAUAAUUUUUUCUUGGAUAUUCUUCACAUUUUUUUUUAAUUAGGACUUUUUUUUUAAUUUAGCAACAAAGCCAGUUAAAGCUAACCUCUGUGCAGAGAACACAAUAAUUUUAAAAUAACAUUCGCAGUCAUUACCUCCCUUAUUUAUGUAACAGUGUUUUUGUAUUUUGUUAAGUUCUGUGAAUGUUGCUAGGAUAGCUGUUUGUCAUUUAUUGAUACAGUUGUUGAACACUAUGAAGCAAUCCCUUUAUUUUUUCACCAUACAACAGUAUCAUUUUUUUUUAUUUUGGGGAGGAAGCAGUGAGGCUUUGUCAGAGAAAAGAACAAACAUAUAGUUGCAUGAAUAGUAUCUUACUGUGACUUAACUACUGUGUUACAACACUGCAGUGCUUUUGAUUGCCAGGUGCACUUGUCUGCAACCUACAGUUAGGAUUGUGCAGUGGAUGCAACAACUUUAGGUUCAUUUUAGGACAGAAAAUGAAUGGUAUACCUGGACGAUUCAGAAGAAUGAGGCUAAGGGUGUGAACCAAAAAGAUUAAGAGUUUGUGCAGUUUUUACACAUUUUAAAAAGCUUCAUCCACUUAGGCUUCAUUACAUGGAUGUUUGAGGCUGUGAGGAUAGCUUUGCUUUUGUAGACCCGUAAUGGUCCCAUUGUUGUACAGUAUUUAUGAGUAUUUUAAAUCAGUUAUUUGUUAUAGCACUUAAUUUAUGCAUUUAUCUUCAAAAUAUUUUUAGAACUUUAUAAAAGAAGUACCCUAAUAUGUCUACGAAGUGGCUUGGUUUGGUUAAGAAUGUCAGAUUACACUUUGUUCAUAGAGCGGAAAUGUAUUUGGGACAGCAAGUAACUGUGUGCAUUGUCUCCAAAGUGAAGUGCAAUGGUUAUCAAAUGUUUACUCUGACAUAAAAACAAGUGGAAAAGCUGCACAACUGUAUAACAGGGUGCCUUCUGACUUCCACUUCAUUUUCACAUGGAAAGAAUAGCACACAGAGCCAGUCAUGUAGAGCAGUGCAUGUUUGUAUGUUGUCCUGUUUAUGUCUGCAUUCAUUUGUCCAGGUUGAGAAUCACAGCAGACAGCAAUCAGUACUCCAGACAUUUUGUUUCCACACACAAAAAAAAAAAAAUCAUGAUGUUCAACAUUCCCAUUUGACUGUAACAUUAACUUUAAAAGUUCGUAGAAAAGAUAAGGGGGUCAUCUGUUGGUGUGCCAAAAAGACUCCACGUUUUAUAGCAUAGUUUGGUGAGCAGCCACCAAGAAUGCAUUGGCAUGAUCCUGUGAUUGUUUCCUGGAUGUUUGGGUAGCUGUUACAAGAGCAGCUUAAUCCAUAUAAGUUUGUGCUGGAGUGCAGAACCAUUCUUGACUACUUUCAGCUGUGGGUAUGACGUGAAUUACUAAUUCAGUGAAAUUAACAAAAAGAAGAAAAUAACCGUUGGGUAUCUUCCCCUUACAUCCAUGUAGAGGGGGUUUCCUCCCUGCAGCCUUUUACUUACUGUAACCAACUUAGAUAUUACACAACCUCAGGGUAGACUUGUAAUGAAAUGUUCUCUACAUUUACCUCUGUGGUCCAUGGGUGGAUGUCUUGAUACAUCUAAAGUGUCUGCAGUACUCAUUUAAAAAUGGUUACCUGCUAAUUCCCCAACACAGUUGUUAAAAGAAAGGCUUCUUAAUUUUGUACUGCAAGGUCUUCUGCUGUAGAGAAGCAUUUGGUAGACCAAAGUCAGUUCAAACCCUUGUACUUUGUUCUUAUUAUCCCCUUAAAAUGGCUUGCCCAGUCCAGAGUCUGUUGCUUAACUUUUAUAAAGUGUUUGUCCAUUGAAAGGCACUAAGUUAACAUUUUUGUCUGGAAUAUGUAGAAAUGAGCUAUGGAAUUUAAGUGAUAUUUUUGAGCUAGUAAGCAUAGGUGUUAAUAUGAGCAGUAGCCUUGUCAGGAAAGAUGCUAAGGGAUCAGUGAAUAACAAAGAGCAUUGAACUAAGGCUUACCUGGCAAAUGCCAGGCAAGACAUUGCCAUUUACUUGGAACACAUGCUACAUUGAGGGUCUGAAACUUUCUUACCCUUGUAUUACAAAGGCAUCCAUUUUGUGUAACCCUUCUCUUCUAAUUUAAGAAUACUAAGGGCAGCAUUGCUCAAAAAGUUAAUUCAAGUAUAAGACAAAUUUCCAAAUGUACUCUUGUCAAGCGUAUUAAAACAUUUCCAUUGAGUCUUAGCCAUUUGAAAGAGUUACAUAAUGGUGUUAGUCAACAAGUUAAAAAAAUAAAAUGAAAAUGUU